AUGUCGAAUACAAAACCGAGUGGAUGUUUUCUGUCGUUGUGCGAAGCGGAGUGAACCGGUUAGAAUAGUUUAAUUUUCUAUUUCGUCUUUUUUUUCUUUUUUUUUAUCAGGAAGACUGCGGGAUUAUCGAGCAUCUCGCCGUCCGACCAGACAGCUGGCAGACGGACUGCAUCCGAUGCUGCCUCCGAGCUGCAGAUGCGGUCUGCGUGGGUCCAAAGCCGGUUUAAGACCCCAUCUUAGAUGAAACUUGAGGACUGAACUUUCAAACAUGGAUAAACAUGACAGACUCGACUGUGAUGCUCGGGAGUGAGGAGGAAAGAGGCUGAGGAGGAGGAGGAGGAGAUGGGCUGCACCUCCGCCAAGCAGGUGUCUGCAGUACCCACCAGUGAGGAGGACCAGAGCAAAGCCCACAGCAACGGAGACCUUUUUUCUGAUGAGUACAAGAUGAAAGGAGUGGAGAAAGUCAAGUACAUCAGCGGGGACGAGGGAGGAGUGGAGGGCCAGGAAAGCCCGGAGAAAAGUGCUUUACUUGGGAAAAGUCAACACAUGGAUGAAACAGGAUCUAAUGGAAAUGGAAAGAUGCUAAGCAUCCAUUCUUCAGAGAGCCAGCAAGAAUUCUUCAGGAUGCUGGAUGAGAAAAUUGAAAAGGGCAGGGACUACUGCUCAGAGGAAGAAGACAUGACAUAGCACCCCUCAGCCAUCACAUUAAGAGGAUGCCAGUGUUACAACCAGUCUAAAGUGGCAGCAGGGCAAAACUUUAUGGAGCAACUUCUUGCCCUCCUGCUCAGUAUGAAGCUCCUUCUUGUCUCAUCAAAUGACCAACAUCAAGAGUUGAUGGGGAAACUUAAUUUCAGUUCACUUUCUUGAAAAGCCAUUAUAGGACGUCAGGGAUUCUGGGAGAUCAAGAGAGAUUUUUCCCUGCUUGGACAACUCCUUAAGACGGUAUUACAGUACAUUGCUGCUUACAUCAAAAUCUCAGAAGAAUCAUUUGUCAGUCAGGAAAAUGGGCUUCAUGCAUGGAAGCUUUAUGACACUAAACUCAGCCAAUUACAUUACUUUGCCUUGAGUCAUCUAUUAAUGAAUAGUUUUUUUCAUAAAGUGCAUCAGUGCAUCUUACAGAGACUCCUUAAUAUAUUGGUAAUAAGACUAUACAAUUAAAUUAGUUGCGCGUACAAUUUGGGAGCAAAACUGCAUCCCAAUGUGUCAUGCAUGAGGCCCACUGUGUCUCUCUGCCUUCUUUUGCAUUUCAGGAAACUGUUUUGGAAUCUCUUUUCUACAAUAUCUGGGCCAAAAUAAUGUUUGGCAGUCUACAUUCCUUUAUUAUAAUAUAUUAUGUUAAACAAGGCUCAGGUUUGAAGUGUUGUCGUCGUCUACUCACCUAUCACAACAUAUUAAAACACUCACAAAGUCGCCCGCUUUAAUAUCGCGUUCAGGUGAGCCCGUUUUUUGGGUGGAGUCACAUAUCGUUCUGUAUUUCACUCACUUUACGUGUUGUUUCUAUGUUGACCUUUUGUUUUUAUAGGAAAAAUAAAAGUGUUUUUGAAAACU